GGCAUCUGCUUUUGUCUUCGCUCUCAGUGACAGUUAAUGAGAUUACAUGUCGGCUUUAUCCUGCGUCGGUGCAAAGGGGUCAAUCACAGGAUUAGUAUCUUGCUAAAGUUACAUCAUUUUAUUAGCCUCUCUCUUCGCUCUCAUCACAUUUCGAAUAUUUUGUCACCCUCCAAAGCAUACUUAGAGGUCCAUGGAUGGCGUGAAUCGGGUAUUGGGCUGGGAUAUGGUCAUGCAUAGCUCUGGUGCCUUGGACCUGAAGCCUGUUUGGACCUCAGUGAAGCAUCUUUUGAGGAAAGAGAAGCAGCCUACACAGUGAAGGGCGGCCAUCCAGGACAGAAUCUUGUGCCCGAUUUUUGGCAAGUCAUCCUCAUGCCACUUGUAAAUAACAAAGUAGAAGAUAACUGCACACUUGGAACAAACAAGGCUUUGACUGAUGGCAAAGCUCUGGUGGAUUCUUUGAUUAAGGUGGUGGCAUGCUAUCGACAUCUAGCUUCAUGUGUCGGCGGCUGCACUGACAGCUUGCAGCUGAGAGAUGAGUUGAGGCGAACAAGAGAGAGGGCCCGGAAGUUGGCCACGGCCAUCUGUCAACAUCUCACCUCGCAUCUUCGGGACAAAAGCCUCCCCGUGGAGCAGCGCAAGGAGAUGGAGCUCCUCUGGGUGGCCUUCUCUUCCAGCCUGGAGCUCCUCCACAUUGACAUGUGCAAAGUUUACAACAUGGGAGACAUCUUUACUCUUGCUGAGUCUCCUAGUUUGGUGCAAACUGGCCUGCAAGGAGGAAGCAGUGAAGUGGCUGUUCGAGCCCUCAGUCUAACAGACCUUAACCGGGCUCUGAACGCCAACCUCCUCGAUGGCCUUGAGAUCCAGGAGCACAAGACCAUGGAGCAGGAGAUCAGACAAAUCGACCGCAUGAUCGAUGACAUGGAAACGAAGGUGAACGUGUUGCGCUGGACGGUGGAGCCUCACGGGCCGCGGAACGGCGACCCGCUCGGCAGCGCUGACAGCGCCUCCCUGGCCCUGCUCUCUGUGGACGAGGAGCAGCUCGCUGGACAGCGGCCUGCGGGCCAGCGCAGUCACAUUGUGGCGCUUUUAUUGCUGUGUGCGGUCAUUUUGGUGGCAACCACUUUAUCUGUCUGCAUCUUCUUCUUCUCUUGAGCAAAACCUUAAUACAUUACACAAUUUUGUCAAUACCCGUGAACCUCAAUCACAGAGGUGGGUAGAGUAAAUAAGUACUAACUCAAGUAAGAGUGUUACUUUAGAAUAUGACUCAAGUAAAAGUAAAUAGUAGUCCUCCAAAUAAUUACUUAGUGAAAGAAAAUACUCACGUACUGAGUAACUUGUAACUUCUGAUUUAUUUGUUUUUUUAAAUAGCGCAUGAAUGUCAAAUAGACAAAAUUAUCAAAUGGGAUUAUGCCCAGCAAAAUCACUUUAAAAAAAAAACCAUUUCAGUACAAGAACAAACGAAGGCAGAUUCAGCUACAAUAAAUGGUUUUACAUUCUUUCUUUACACAAAACAGCACAAUAGACUAACUAGGCAGAGAUUAUUAAUUAUAACUCUAAAUAGUUUGAUUCUAUUGAACUUGGGUUGAUUCACCCUUAUGAAUCAGCAACGCUGACAUAUGUUUAUAACUUUAAAAAAAACAAAAAAAAACAAUGGGAGUUCUGACGACUUACAAUACAUCUUUAUCUUCAAUUCUGUGCGUAUACUGUAUAGCGAAAACCUCCUUCUCCCUUUUCCUUUUGAAUCCGCACAACGCUUUCUACAGUGAGGAUUACAAACGCAGAGCGAGACAGCCUCUUGUAUGUUUCUCUAGCGCCAAGUGGAAUUCUUGUAGGUUGAAAUGCAGACACAGAUUGCAGCGCAUGAGGUAGCUGAUCUAGACCAAGCCAGAUACCAAGAAUAUAACUCUAUUGUUAGGUUUGUGCCACAAUUGCAAGGCACUUCAUUACAUGACAUCAGAGAUACACUAUAACACAAUCAAAUAGCCCACACAUCAGACACCGACAGAAAUAAUGUAACAUACCUCACACACUGCAAUGCACUAUGCACCCUUGAGGAUGACCAGGCUGGACAUCUAGCUUAUUUCACUUGAUUUAAGGCUUUUAUGAAAUAAUUUGGAUCAAGGUUUGUUCAGGAGGGAUGGGCAAAAGCAACGCCUAGAUAGCAGUAGUUUCAAAUAAGAUGCUCGAGGAUGUGUAAAGCCAUAUACAAUGUCAUUUGCCUUUCUCACCGCUCCUUCAUUAUAAAUGUGUUUAGUGCUCAGUAGUGUUAUCGCAUGUAACUUGCUGGAAUUGUUUUUUCUGAUUGUCUUUUUCUGUGACUUAAAAGCAUUUCCAAACCAGAAAAUAAUACAGCAAGUUAAAAUACUUAAAAAGCAAAAUACAACAUUUGGAGAAUUUUAUUGACAUUAAAAACAAGCAAUUAAUAAAAAAAAUUUAAAAAAUGCCUGUGUUUUUGUAUGCAAAGAUCUGUCCAUGAGUCCCAUUGAAGCUCGAUGGCCAGUACGAUGCCAAGGUAUUUGUAGUUUGUAACAACCUGAAUAUUGUGAUCAUAGUGUCAGUGGAUUGUUUUGACUUUCUAAAAUCGAUGGACAGUUCUUGGUUCUUAUUGGUGUUUAACAUUAAGAGACUUAGUGCUCCAUUCUAAAACGGAGUGGCAAUAAAACAGACCCAGGAUCUACCUCCCUAUUCUGUAGCAGGCUCACGAGAGCAUAGUUUUUCAAUAAAAGUGCCUGUUUUGUACAGUCCUAGUGUAUGAAUGUGUAUAAAGAGCCCAUUCUGACUCGCUGGACUCUCUUAAUAAGAAACUCCAUGAUCCAAUAAAUAACUGGCUAAAAUGUCUGCCAGAAUUUUAGCUUGCAUGGUGUUAAAAGCAGAUGAAAAGUGCACCAAAAGACUCUUAGCAUACACAAACUCUCACCACCACAGUCCAACACCACCAGAUGUGUAGACGGACCCCCCACGGGUCUUCCUAGUGAUUGUAGGGUCCUGGUCAGUCCUGACCACAGAGACAAAAGUUAAAAUUAAUGUAUUUUUCUAAAAAUAUGCCUAACAGGGUUGAGUUGGUUUGAGUGACACUGAAGUAUUGAAAAAGAAAAUGAAAGAUAAGAGAGGACUUACCUUUAGUCAGAGCAAUUUGCUUGAUGAUGACAUUUCCCCUGAGUCAUGUAGCUCACUUUUUUUUCUCAUCCUAUCGAUGACUAAGAGGGACAAGAGAUAAAAACAAUUUCAGGGGGUGCGC